AAUAAAGCCGCCCUCAUUCCAACAUCUGCUGUGCAAGAAUUUGUGCUGCGGUAGAGUCGAUAAUCAGCACCCACAACAAUGCCCUUCUCUACACAUAUUUCGCUGAAGGCUUCAAUAACAGAUAAUCUACUUGCCUGAACAUACUUUUAGAGUUAAUUUACUAGCAUGGAAGAUUCUAUCAAGUUCAAAGCUUAGUUUCUGUUGCGUUUUGAUGCGGAGUAUUCUGAUAUUGAUAAUGAAUCUGAUGGAAUUCAAUACACGAACGGAAAUAACAGGAAACAAGGGCACCUGGGCUUUAGUGAAAUAGAGGAUGCAAACUUCAACACAGAUAACUGCUCAAGCUGCUUCUCCCGCAGUUCCCGUGCCAGCCAUCGUAUUCCUUUGUGUUCUGGUUGGUUGUAUAGUCAUAUUAUGCAUCGUCUACCAACUUCUGAAGAGAGACAUGUGUUGCAAGUUCGAUAUAGGAACAGAGGAGACACAAAAGACCCCACAAAAGAAUGGCUACAUGGAACUUACACAGGAAUUCUACCCCGAGGAAACUGAAUUUGCCACUACGGAUGAUGAGUACUUGGGAAGAAUGUCUUCGAAGGAGCUCAGCCGCAGAAGUAGUAGAAGAAGUAGCUAUGACAUUAACAGUCGAUCUGACGGCGAACUUGCGCUUGGUGACAGUGCUUCAAAUUAUGGAUACGGCCACCAUACUGCAUCUGAAAGCGAGCUUUCUCCACAGCCAACACGUAAGAUCAUCUCGGCAACAGGUGAGCCAAUUGAUAUCCGAAUAAGUGGUCCUGAUGAACAAGACUUCAUGUCUCAAGCUGGGAAGCUUUUACUUGAAAUCCACUAUUUCGCUACGACCUCAAAAUUAAAUGUGACAGUUAUCCGCGCGGCAGAAAUUCCUUCAAGGGCAAGAGGAGGAGCAUCAACUGUCCAAGUUCGCCUCGUGCUGCUGCCUCUCAAACGCUUGCGCUUUAAAACAAAAGUGAGACCAGCCUCGAACCCAGUAUUCAAUGAGACAUUCUCUUUUCACAACGUCGAUCAUGGCUCUCUUAGCCAAUCAACUCUCAGAAUUCGCAUGUACGGCCACGAAAGAGCAAGCAAAGAUAGGCUGAUUGGUGAAAUCGAGGUUCCACUUUCUGAUUCUGACCUUGCUGGCUUAUCAAACGAGGAACCGAUGUGGAAAACACUGAAACCGAGAGGGCUAACGAGUGCUGAUUCCCUGUAUGACCUCACUGACACAUCCAGCCUGCAAAGCUUUGGUUCAGCAACUGGAUUUGGCUCAAGCUCAUCAAUCACUUUGGCGCAUGGGGGCUCCCCGGAACUACUCGUUUCACUUUGCUAUACAUCGCUGACUGGACGUCUUACUGUUGAAGUCCUGAAAGCCAGCAAUCUGAGAAACUUCCAAAUGCAAAGAGCACCAGAUACGUACGUGAAAGUACAAGUUCUAUCUCCACGUGGAAAGGACGUUGCAAAAAGCAAAACCACAGUGCGACGAGGGAUGUAUGACCCUGAGUAUAACGAAAGCUUUGUGUUCCAAAUGGCAGAGUCGGAUCUUUCUGAAAUAACGCUCUUGUUUUCUGUCAUAUCGAUAUCGAAAAAGCGAAUAAAGAAGGAUGUUAUGGGAUGGUUUGCUCUUGGCAAAAGUUCAAGCGGAGACAAGGAGACUCGGCAUUGGAAAGCAGUUCUUGCCAACAAGGAAACAAGUGUUGUCCACUGGCACACACUUUGCGGAAGAGUCUAGGCGAAAGAGUGGAUGAAUGACGUCAUUUACAAUUCUUGGAAUUUGGAAUAAGCUAUGUAUGAAUUAUUUCCGUGUAUGUAGCAAGUUAAUGAUGCAGGAAGCAUUAUUCAUGGAUCUCAUUACCCAUUAUAUUGUCUCUUGAUACCACCAAUGGAUUCAUCAUCGGAAAAUGCAGAGGAAACUCAAGCGAAGAAUGACGUCAUUAUAGGGCAAGAUAUAGCAUGACGACGCAUGGUAUAAAACAACAUCAUUUUACUCCCAUAAUUCAAAGCUCCUUCUCAAGCAAUAAGAAUUAAAAACGAUGAUUCUAAUUCAGUAAUUAGGCUAAAUUAUCGACAUGAAGCAUAUGCUUACAAAUUUUUAAUUGAUUUAGCAAAUAUACAUAUGGGACAAUCCUUCAAAAUGAAAUGUUUGAUUAAUAAAUUUUGAAUCGUGAACAAUCUUUUCAACUUUUUGGUAUCUUUACGUAAAGUCAUUUGAAUUUAGUCGACAAUGUUAAAGUCGCUAAGUUCCUCGAUUUUAAUUGUGUAAAUUUCCUACAUCAUGAAUACAAAUCAACGAUACCAAUAUGUUUUAUCGCCAAGAUUUGAGGCAUUUCAGAUUGGGAAGAAGGAAAAAAACAAAUUUGUUGAGUCGAAUAAAACAUAUCUAGUAGCUUUUAAUAUCAUAUUCUAGUGAAAUUAUUUAUUUGAUGAUAACGUAGAUGAUAGCAAUUGAAUUAUGUCUACUUGAAACGCUGAUAAGUGAAAAUCUACUUUGGUUUAAUUUUGCAACAAUCUACGUAAUUAUUCGUAUAAAGCAAAAUUUCAUACAUCAAAUUAUCUAAUGAAAUUUAAGAAAGGAGCUUUUGAUAGUAGAAACUUUCAUGGUAUCUACAAUAAUAAGAUUUGGCCGAUUAUUAUGAUAAAAUGUAUCAUCAGUCGGGACACGCACACCAAUAUUAUCGUUUUAAGAAUAUCAUCCAUCACGGUUCAAACUCAGAAACUUUGUUUACACAUACGUAAAAAGUAUACCUCAAAAUUCAAUUGUUGAAUAUUCUAGUUUACCUGAAGUAUCAUACAUUCACUGGACUUUUACCGAUGAUCCAUUUUUAUGCAUUUCCCAACAAUAAAAAUCGAUAAAAUGUUUUGCAAAACCCGAAAGUUUCGACUAUUAAAGCAACUACUAUGCAAAUAACAUCAUAUAUCAUAGCAUAACUUAUAAUGUAUUUUAACUAAUUCGUACAACGUCGUUUAGAGUAUGUCAUAAGAUAUAUGUAGAUGACAUUAUUCAUGUUCAACGUUGUGCUGUUAACCACUGAUCUGCUGGAAAAAUAGAUAUAGGGAGAGAUAAAAUUUUCUGGUGGACUUACAUAGCACGACUCUUCGACGUAAUAAUGCCUGAAGAAGCAAGUAACGCAAGACUUGUCACAAAAGGCUGUCUCUCAUACAGGGAGUCCCUUGUGAUAAAAGGCAAACGUUUACCAUUUGAACUCUUCAAAUAUAAGGAGAAUAAUUUACUUCAUAUUAAUAGCCAACAAAAGAUGUCAUUCUACAUCUCAUCAAGGUAUUUUCGAUCCAAUCCCCCCCCCCCUACACUUUUGUCAUUAUCCAACAUUUUCAUACUCUGUCGUGUAAAGGAAAAACAUCAUUACUGUGCUGCGUUAAUUUACCACUUCAUUGCUUAAUUAAAUACAUUAUUUGUAGACAUCUGUACUUUUGUUAUAGUCACUUUUUUCAAGUGAAAAUUCUGGUCAAGGUAACACAAAUUGCAAAUUGAUUCAAAUAUCUAACAAAAGUAAUGAAGGUCCUCUUCCAUCAUAUUCGCUUAAUCUACAUUUUCCAUAUGACGUUCAUAUAAAUCUCCUGCAGAUCUUCCUCGAGUAUGCGAAAUUUCCAUUACAAAUAAAUUCAUAUUUUGCCCAUACGAAAACUGAACAAGCAAAAAAGCUCCACAAGAACCAUUUGCCACUGACUGUGCAACCGAUCUAUGUUUUAGUUUUCACUUAAAACAAAACAGAGCUGUUGACAAAAGAACAUAUACUACAGGCCUAUUAUUUUUAUCAAAACAUUCACAUAUAGUCAAUGAACGUCAGCUGAAUUAAUUAAAAAGCACGCUUUAAUAUCAUACAAUUUACGUUGAAAAGAUUGCUGCAUUCACGAGAAAGUUUAUAAGCAUUACCUAAUAUUUAAUUAGCGGCAUGAAAUGUUCUCAAUGACCCACACAGCACAAAAUGUUCAAUUAAAGAAAACUUCAGGCCUCCUGAAAAGGAAGAUUCCAAGGUUUCAUCAAAAGCUUGCCAAAUUGUCACGGCAUGGAAACUUUUAAAGCUUAUAGAUUUUAUCAUUUCACCGUGCAUGAGAGAUGUAGUCAGAGGGGAAGAGCCCUAGCAAGGAUUUGUAACAUGGAAUAGCUGUAUCGUACAAUCAGUGCUGUCAGGAUCUAUUGUUCUUCGUCAGAAACUCUUUCCACGUCCUCACACGAGAAUCUGUUGUUGCCAACGUCACAGCGUAUAUUUUAACUAAAAGCUAGGCAAAAUCAAGGAGAUAUUUUCAUGUACUGUUUACGGAAUAAAUGUCAUAUUAGUGAUUCAUUCAUAGUGUGUUCAAGAUGCAAGAGGGCAGUUUAUUGUGUUUUGAGCUACUCCCCACACAGUGACCCUUACAAGUUGGACUUUCAUUGCAGGAGAUAACCGGUUUCCCUCUUAGAAUGCUCCCUGCUGUUCUAUUCAAUUCUACAUCUUCUCGGAACAUCAGAUAAAGAAAAUGAAAGAAAGAUGACGGUUAAAAACUCACACUGAGGUUUUAGGUGAACAACGAAAUUCAUCGAGACACUGCCUUAAAGCAAAUUAGAAUGUGCAAGUAGAAAAGCAAAUUCGCUAAAUGUAUUCACAGAAAAAUCAUCAUCGACAAUUUGCAUUCAUCACGCCUUCUACCAUCAAACAUUGUGUUCUUCGUCUUUUCAAUGCUGAGAUUCAUGCCCAAUGCGUUAUUGCUUUAACGCAGAUGCUCGAUCGAUUUUAGAUUCAUUAAAAAGGUCAACAAAACCGUAAUGAUUUUCCCCAGAUUUAAAUUCUGAGUCCCUGGAAAUAAUUACCAUGAAUUUUUUAUGACAACUGGACUAGAAAACCAGUGUUUGAGACGUUCAUAUGAGAUAAUGCCUGAAUCAAUCGAUUUACCAAUGCAAACAUUUCAAACAGCAGAUGUUAAGAUAUAUUAGACACCUGAAGCUUUAAGAAAAAAGAGAAAACGGGCAAAUCAUCUCCCUGUAUUGAAAUACCAACAUUAUAGCUGACUGCGAAAGACUUGCGAGAGAAGCAGUGGUUCAUUCUAGCCCAACGUCAAACUCAAGCAAAAGGGGUCUGGUAAUCAUGCUAGCC